GUUUCUUCUGAAGGGGAUAUCCGAGUUAACUCUUGCCAUUCCCCUCCUCCUCGGUCCCUCACUUCGCCGGGUCCAGGCAGUGAAUGAAGCCGCUGGCUAACAGUGGUUAGCUUUGUUGUGCUAGCGAGCCAUGUAGCUCGAGCUGAGGACCAAACCGCCGGAACCCUCGGAUUCCUGUGAAAACGACCAGGAUGAGAGCGGUUCACGAAGUUCUGAGACGGUCCACCGCUGCUGACACACGCCUAAAGAGAUGUAGAGUCGGCUCCGGAGGUCAAUAUCAGUCAGUCCUCUCCUCCUCCUCCUCCUCCCUCAGUCAUGCCUGUGAUCAUGCCGUCGCUCCUCCCCGUUCGUAAGCUCGGUUUUUUUCCACCUCUGCACAGUGCAGCCUUCAGAGGAACACAUCUGUAGCUGUUCAAAUAGACAAAACAAAAAAAAUAAUAAUAAUUAAAAAAAAAAAACUAUAACACAGUCAUCGUCGAGUAAAGCAAAUAAUGCAUUAGCAUAAUAGCAAUAAUACCCAUCUUGGUCCUCAACAUUAGAGCUUUAUAAAAUUAAUAACAUAAAGCCAGAGCUAAGUACUAUUAGGCCUGCUGACUGUCAUCAUAUUAAAUUCAUUUAACAUAGUCCAUAAUUACUUAUAUCCUUAUCCUAUAAACUGAAUUCAUAUUGUUUCAUCAUUACUUGCUCUGCAAACACAACUUUGCAUGAGCUGUUGCUGUUGUUGUUUUAAUGUUGCUGUUGUACCCUGUCUCUCUCUCACCCUUGUUCUCUAUUCUCUCUCCCUCCUUCUCUCUUACCUAUUCUCUCUCUCCUUCCCUCUGUAUUGUUUUCUUUCUCUCCCCCUGCCCUCUCUCAACUUCUUUCUCUCUCUCCCUCCCUAUCUCUCUGUAUUCCUCCCCAACCCAGCAGGGGCCUGGUGGCUGUCAUGAGUCUGGUCCUUCCCAAGGUUUCUGCCUGUUAAAAGGAAGUUUUUCCUUGCCACUGUCACUCAUAGGAUUGGCCAUAGGAUAAGAUUGGCCAAAUCCCAUUUUAGGUUGGGUCCUGAUAAUUCAUCAAACAAUGAGCGUGGUCUAGACCUGCUCUUGUUCUUUGAAAAUCGUCUUGGGAUGACAACUGUUGUGAAUUGGUGCUAUAUAAUAAAAUUUGAUUUGAUUGAUCAAUUGAUCGAUUUCAAAAAAAGGUCUUAAAUGCAGUCAGUAUUUAGAAAAUCUGCAGUUUCAUUCCCAAAUAGUGAUCACCAACUACAUAUGUUGUUUUACAGGCACAAUUAUGAAUGACCUGUCAUUGGGUUAGUCAUAGAAAGGCAGAGUAAACAUCUUCAUUCAGUUUACAGCAGGGGCGUGUCCAGACUUCACUGGCUGGGGUGGCCCAGCUGAAGAGUACACAAAUAUUCAUCUCAAGUAAAAGUACCACUAGAAGUUACUUAAAUGGCAAUAACUAUUGUCAAAUUACAACAGCUACACUUGUUGUAAUAUGACUGCAUUAGUGUGUGAUCUUAACGCAAGAGAUGGCGUCACUGCCGCCUACUGAAGUAGUAUCAUUUAUUUGCCAUGUUGCUCUUUUAAAAUUUGAAUACCUUAAAUAUUUUUUUUAAAUACCAGCAAAACUCAUAUAUGUUAUUUUAUGUUGUCUUUAUUCUCUUGUUUCUUUUGAUUAACUAAAAGCCUACUCUGGGUCAGGACUUUGAAAAAUGCAACCCCAAUCAUCUCUAUAUGCAAAAUAUCAGUUAGGACAGCUUGUUUAUAACAGACUAAAAUUGUUAUUUGCAUCAUUCCAAAAUAAACUAUAAUAAAAAUAUUUAAAGAAUUGACUGUGCCCCUUUGAAGGAAGAAAUUAACUUAUGUACAUUAUUUUUGCAGCAUCUUUUCGCUGUAUCCCACCUUAUAUAUGCUUCCUGCAUACUUUGUCAUAGUUAGUUGCAGGCCAAAAAUUGUAACUUACCUUUAUGUAGUGGCUGUAAAUGUGGCGGAAAGGUUUCCCUCCUUGAAACAAGAUGUACAAGAUUUAUUAUUAGGAACUCAUAAGGAAAAUGUGUGAUUUUUAUUCAGACUUGUCAUGUUAGUGUAUCUUAAAUUAAGUGUGAUGGGUGUUUUGACUAGAAUCAAAACAAUUUUGCCUGGUAAGUGUAAAUUGUAAAAGUAGUGCCAGUCUUUUUUCAAACAAACAGAUCGUUUUUCAGUCCAUUUUGAAAAUGUUUACUCAUAUGCAAAAUCUAAAUAUUUGCCAAAUGUGCCACAGUUUUUCUAAAAGCUGUACCUUUAUGGGCCUUGACUUUUAAAUACAAAUUAGAUCAUGGAAAACAAUGGAUGACACCAAUGACACACACUCUGAUCAUCAUAGAUGAGAGAAAGUGGUUUAUAUAUCCCAGAUAACUGUCUUUGGUUUCAUCUAUUCUGGAAAUCACAACACAUGAGUAACCUUGGCAAGCUGCUGAACCAUCUUUUGUAAAUGAAGACAGUGUUGGGCUACAGGUCAUCAGUAUGGGUGUUGGAAUCUGAUAGUUACAGUGUCACUGACACAUGAAAAGAGCUGUGUGAAGGGGUACUGAUAUAUGAACUAUAUAAAUAACACAAAUGAAAACUACUAAGUCAAUAAAAGAAAAAAAAGAACAACUUAAGUAGAUUACAACCAAAAAUUUAACUAAAUUAAAAAUGUAAACACAGAGAUUUAGAUAAAAGACCAACACAACCAUUAAAACUCAUUUGGAGCAUCAGCAUUCUUAUUGAGUAGUUUUCCACCAGAUUUUAAAUAGUGGUAAUCAGAGAUCUUCUUUGCUCUGUUGAUGUAUAAAUAUGUCUAGUCUUUGCCCUGGCCUCUAAGCCUGUGUUUAGUUCUCAGAGUUAAAUACACUCACUUCCUAAUUAUGUAAGAGGUUUAGCAGCGAUGUCAGUGGAUGAUAGCAUUAAGGCGAUUGUGUUUCAUGGGGCAGGCUGGUUAAGUGUGCACAGCUCAUAUCAAGGUCUACCACCACAGCAAAUGUUAAAGAACAACGGCAGCUACAUUUAAAAAAGCAAAACCAUGUUAUUUUACGGUUACAUAAUGUCUGUGCUCCGUUGUGAAAACAAAGUCUUACUGAAAACAGGAUGUGGCGGGACAUAUCACAGAUUUGGCUCUGAUGAAAUCACAGUCAUUGCAAAUGGUCAUCAUGUUGCGUUGUACUCUGCGGGUCAGGGAGGGUACAUUGUUAUGCUGGCAGGCAAAAAAAAACAAACAAAAAAAACAGAACAGACACACUAUAAAGUGUGGUGCACAGAGGGUUCUUGGGAAAUGCUAUGAGACUGAGAAAUUCCAGCCUGACAUCCUUUCAUCACACGCUGCUCUCUCAGCAGCCCAAUAAAGGCAGACAGAAGAAAAUCUUGAUGUGGUAAAAGUUAAAGCAUGUUAAGUCUAUGCUGGGCGUCAUCAUCAGUGUGUCUGGGUGUACAAAGACGUGAGAUGGAGGCCUAUCAUGGCCAGGGUUGAAACACAAAGACAAUAGUUUUACACUAACAGAUGGAGAAAUGUUUACAUCUUAAAAUAACUUGGAGAAAAAAAAAUAAACACAUACAUUUUUUGUUUAAUUUGUCUGAUUAGCCACACAGAGUUUAAUCAAGAAGACAUAUUUCUUACAUUAAUCACCAUAAUCGAAAGGAGUAAGCCUCUGUGACUCUGUAGUGUGUAUAAUUAGUAAGCAGUGCCCUCUAGGGGACAAUAAAGGCAAAUACAAUAAUUCACUGAUUUUUCUACAGAGUGAAAAGAAAAAACUCUGAGCAUGCUGUCAUUUAUCAUAAUUGACAAAUAAUCAAAAUGACAGCUUAAAUACAGUUUUCAGCCUCAUGGUUUGUAGGAGACAAAGACUGCUGGCUGACCAAACAUUUUGAUCCAAACUGAAGUGUCUUACUAACUUCUACAGGGAUACAAUCGCAUAUUGCAUUGGGGAUCAUAAAACAGCCUGAAAUUGUGCUUUUGAUUUUUCUUUUUUGCCACAAGCUGAUCAUUUUUUUCUUCUUUUUUAAAAAACUUUUUUGGGGGGUAAUGCUUAGUUUACUGGAUGGACUAGCAAACAAUUGUCCAGACUGUCUCAUCACAGGGUGCAUUAUAGACUAAUCUAGAUCUAGGGCUGAAAUCCUGCAGGGUUAAUCUUGUUGCAUCAGAAUUAUGAGGUUAUUCAGACUGUUCAAAGAGUGCAUUAAAGGCAACCUUAUCAAGUAAAAGAUGAUACUCUCUUUAAUGUAAGUGAAUUUUACUCACUAACAGGGGUUUCUGCUGCCAUUUUCCCUGUACAGUAUUCUGCUUUUCAUCCAGCUGUCAGCAGAGAAGUUGACACUAAGUAUUGAUUUAAAGAGGAUUUAAACAUUGUAUAAUGUCGUCUUCCCUGUAACUUUGCUGUUUGCAUUUUCUCCUCACUCAACCGGUCGUGCAACACUGCUAAAACCCAUACUGCUUAGCUGUUUGUGGUUGCUCCAUGUCUGUUUUCUUCUGAAGGAGUUAAUGUUUUGACAAAUAAACAACAGACAGAGAGGAAGUCAUUAACUAAAUAAAUAUGUCAGACAGUCUUAUUCCUAAUCCCCUGGCUGUUUUAACACCUGACCCUGAUUGGUCAAAAGCCUAUGACUGUUAUUGUAAUAGCUUCUAAGUAUUAAGAGUAAUGCCAGGAACAAACUGAUGAAACACAUCUCAUCAGAUCAACAACACAUGGUUCUCAAAGAAAUAACUAAAGUUGUAAAAUGUUGAAUAUUUUGAUAUCUAUCUAUGGCUCACCUUUAUUGUUUUGCGCCACAUAAUGAAGAAAAGUAUUGUUAAAAAUACUUGUAGUUAUUGGAAUUGAUUUAAAAUAACAGUGUUAUACUAGGAUAUACUGUAAGUAGUACUACAGGCACUGUAGUGUAUCAAUAAGUGAAUACUGAUCAAACCUAAGACUCCCAUCUCUGCUCUCAUGGCUGUCACAUCAUCAAACACUGACUUCUAUAUUCCUCUGAGGAUGCACUGUAAUAACUUUGGUCAUCUCUUAUAUUUUCAUUAAGUACAAACGGGAUCUGUUUGGUGGAAUUUUAGAAAUGACUGUGUUAAUGUAAAAUUUAGAUGCCUUAAAAGACUGAACUUGUUGUCUCAAAACUUUAAGAAAUCCCAGUUCUUGCAAGAUCCUCUUGGAGCAACCAGUGUAACAAUGAUCCAAGGUGUCAGAGUAUCUUUAUUGACUGAUCGAGUCAAAAAUGUUGAUUGAAAGAAACAACAAAUAUAGACAAAGAAGGCAGAUAAAACUUAAAAUAUAUACAUUGUGUGAUAUUUUGUCUUGAAACAAUUCAAAAGGGGAAUAAGUCUGUCUUUAUCUGACUGUACAGCUCGAUGUUGCUGUUAUUUGCUACAGUGGCUGACAAGGGCAGAUGACCUGCAAUAGUCCAAACCAUCCACAUGUGGGGGAAAUGUGCUGCAAAUGUAGACACAAGUCAAAAAUGCAUGCAAAGGUCAAAAAUAAAUGCAAUGGAAAAUUCACAAAGGCUGAAACAACUGCACUAACACUAAAAAUGCUGCAAAUGUACAACUGAUAAAAGCAAAAAUGCACAAAAGCAUAAUGCACUCAGGGUCGCACAGGCCAACAGAGCACUUCUGUGGAAAAAUAUUACUUCAGUUUUGGUCUCUUUUGUUGCUAUGUGUGCAUUUUUGCUUUACAUUAAUCAUAUAUUUGCAGUUGUUUAGUAAUAAUGCAGUGGUUUCAGCUUUUGCCACACUUUUUCUUAUUUCAUUUAAAUCACAUUUCCACUCUAGUAUUCAUUUAAACUUUUCAGAUUUCUGCAUAUGCUGCUCAUUUCUCCUGAUGAAGAUCAUACAGGCAGUUGCAGGCUGACUGUGCUUGUCAUUUACCGUAGUUUGGUGAUACAAUCAAUCUUCUUUUAGUGAUAACAGCAGAAACAGUUUCUGCUUUUAAUCAUCUGCAAUUGAUUUUCACAUUUUCAUGUAUAGCCUUAAGCUUUGACUAUAAAAUAGGCUAUUAGACAAUAUUAAUUAAUAUCGUAUAUAUACAUUUAUUGAAUUUCCCCAGCGGGGUAAAUAAAGUAAUUCUGAUUAUCUUACCUUAUCUUAAAGAUUUAGGUAAGGAUCUCUGGUCCCAAAUUUAAGAAAAAAGAUUAAAAAGGCAAUUUUGUUUAGAAAAUGACCCGAGAGAGAGAGAGAGAGAGAGGGAGAGAGAGAGAGAGAGAGUUCCUGUUGCCAUUGCAGUCAGUCAGCAACAUUUUUAUCGUCAAAACAAAACCACAAGAGGGCACUUGUUAAAACAUAUAACAUCCAGCAGGUCCCAACCAGCUAUCUAUCGUCUAAGAUAUCUGGGAUGAUUACUGAAAAGGUGAACAAAAUAUGGUGCAAACAGUAGUUUUAAAGGUAAAGUAAACAUUCAUGUUUUCAAGUUUGAGUGCUCCAGUCUUACAGAUUCAGAUAAAAAGCUGCGGUGACAUCAGAAACCUGAAGUCCUUUUUACACCACCAGGCAACAGCUGACAUUAAUGGUAUCAUCUUUGCCCCACUGGAACACAGAGGUAUCCUGCAGGUGUGUAUCUGCAGAGAGUAACAGAACACAGGAAGUGGUUUUCUGGUUUUCUGAGUCUGUCAAACUGAUCUCACGGAAACGCAGUCUCGCUUUGACAGGAAACUGAACUUAACAGUCAACAGUCCAUACACCCACAGGUAGCUGAUAACAAGUGGAUGUUGUCUUUUAUUUCAAUAUAAGGAGUCUGCAUGAAUGUUCUUAAAAAGUAUGAAUAAAGACAAAAACUGAAGCUGCAUUCUUCCUUGUCAAAGAUAUUAAAAUGCACUUAAAGUUUGAGACCAGACGUUUCAUACUCAAACUGUGACUGUGACUCAAAAACUGACAGAGACGCAGGUUUCAUUUGAGGUGAAGAUUGAGCUGAUGAAUAUCUGGAGUAAGCUGCUACCAAAUUACACUUCAAACAAACGUGCAUGUGCAUUUAUUGGAGUUUGGCUGCGUAAGCUUUAAUGAGUUUUAUCAAGAGGAAAACCUGAUGACAUAAAAGCAGAUGAGGAAGAAGGAGAGAAUAAAGUUACACGGCAUGAAAAAACAGAACAACUUCUGUAAAUAGGUGAACUUCUGUGAGCUGUUGAAUGAGGAAGAAAGCAACCCAUACGAGAAGAUGGGAGCUACAGAAAAGCAACCAGUCAGGGCAGUUGGUGGCAUGUUUUUGCCGGAUGACGUUUUGCAAGACAGGAAACGAGAGACGCGGUGAGACAGAACCAGAGAAGACACGGACUACUCUGUCAUCCUUUUGCACCACAGCGGUCUCAACAAUAGAGGUAAAUCUGGGUGAAGGCUGGAGAGGUCUCCUGUGAAGGUUAUAGGAUUCACUUGGAUGCAUUAACAGAAGAACAAAACUGCAGUCACACGUCCACAAGAUGGGCACCGAGGAGAAAGAUCUAGAGCCUGUAGCUCAACAACCAGCAAAGGAGCAGGAAUCAUCAGAGAAGGAGAAGGAGUCUCCUGUAGAUUCUGCAGACACCACUGACCCCCUCACCACGUACAAGUGGCAAACAGGUUCUAAAGGAGCACUCAAUGAGGUGAGAGAAGACACUGAGGGAGCUCCAGCUUCAUCCACGUCCACAAUUGAAAGAAUUCAGAAGGCAUCUGCAAGCAAAUGGAACAAGAUGCAAAACUGGCGAAAAGCCCUGAGCGAGGACACAGGAGAGAAGCAUUCAACCAACGGGAGAGGAGGAGAAGGAACCAAGCCAGAGAAAGGCACAGGAGGAACCAGGAAGAACCCCUUCAGGAGAGCUCUAUCCGAGCCUCCUGGGUCACUGUUCGCAACCCUGUCCCCUUCCUCCAGCUCUGCAGGCUCCGCUCAGGUGGCCACAUCUUCAGCCGCUGCAGAGGCCUCAGGAGGCUCCUCCACAGACCCUGCGCAGAGGGGGAGUGGAGGCGCACUCUUCAAGAAGUACCUGAGAUCUGUGUCCCAGAAGCUCAAGAGGCCCAAGCUGCAGAGUCGGAGCAGCACGCCCAACUUAGUGCCAGGUAACAUCUUGUAAUCUGAAACAAUGCAAUUCCUCUAGAUAUGUUCUACGUCUUAAACAUGUCGGAGAUGAUCACAGAGGUUAGAUUGAAAAAAAACAUUUUUCAAGCAAGAUCACAUAAAAACAACAAAAACAUCAAAAACUAACUCAGAAACUUGUUACAGAACAGUUCUCACAUUUGGUUCACAUGAGCAUUAACUCACACUUCAGUAGGUGGGGUAUUUGUGACUUUCUUCACUGUAACACCUAUUAAAGCUCUUGUAAGGAGUUUUUAACCAGUUAUGUGACAGACUAAAUAAAAAACGCCUUCUCAAGAUCUGCAAAAGCACCGGGAAAAAACAAAGAAAAACCAUUUACAGUCUUGUUGAAAUUCUUUAUUACCUGGGGGUGAGAGGUGGGAUAGGUGCCAGACAUGCUGAUAUGCAAAAUGCUGAGGGAAAACCCCUUUCACUACGUUUUCUAGUGCGAAUUUUACAUGAUAGGUGGCACUUCUGAUUACUUGAAGAAAGCAGGACGAGAUUUUUGUCGAGGACAUGACUUUCACGUGUACAGGGGAAGAUCAGCAAAGAGUUAAAACAUUGCUUUUGUUCGCAGGGGGUGCCAAAAUUGACACAGGCCUCUCAGGCCAAACUUUAGAGAGUCUCAACAAACUUCAUGUAAUAACAGAGAGGAAUGUAAAGAAACUUAAAUGUCGCUGUUUUAAAUUUGAAUUUUUAAUGUAAAUUUCUGUAACGGUGAGACGUAUGUUCUCAUAGGAGGUGAGUCGCAUACAUGCUCUAAACACUGCUUUUGAAAUGCUUGAAAUACCUCGACUCAAAUCUAGUGAUGGCUUAUUUAUCAAAAAUGUUAAAGUGAGGAUGAAAAAGUGCGUCUAUUUGAUGUGGCUGUGUGAAUCGCACAGCAAUCUGAGCAAAUCUUAACGAUUGCCACAGUGUAGAAGAACUUGUUGCUGCAGGUUUAGAAGAUAAAACACUGUAGUUUUCUCACUUUUAAACGUAUGAGUUAUAUUUGUCCUAACAAUGUCAAAUGAAGACCAAAAAGAGUUGUAUUGUAGUGUUUUGAGUUAUCAUUAUGAGCCCAAAAAGAACAAAUUUUAAAGGUACAGUAUGCGAUAUUUGGCAGCAUUUAGCAGAACAGACCAACUGAGUUUAAUAUUAGUUUGUAAACUUUGAAUAAGCCUUGUUCUAUAUAUGAGCAAGUUCCACCUCUGCCGCCAUCAUGCACCACUAUACAGUAACACAGAUUUUUGCAUUUGAUGUGUGGCUGCACAAUAUGUUACAGUGGAAAGAAAAAGAGGAGGAAAAUGAUGUUGCUGUGUACAAAAGGUACAACAGGUGUAGUGAUAGUUUUAGAUGGUAAAACCCUGACAGAGGGAGAAUCAUACCUUAUUAAGGAUCAUAAUUGUCAGAAUUAUAUAUUUUGUGCUUUUUCAGACAAAAAGUGCAUCAACUGUGCAUCUACAAAAAGAAACAGUGAAAUAGCUAUACAUUUAAAUACCAAGAAUCUGACUGCUACACUCAGCUAAAUAUUCACAUUACUACACACUGUACCUUUGGAAGGAUGUCACACCCUUUUACUUUAAACAAAGAGCUGACACAGCUCGAUUCAAUAUGAAUGAAAGGGUGGAGCCACAGAUGAUGGAGAGUUAUGACGAGCCGAUACUGAUGCAAAUGUGGUUGCUGAAUAUGGUACACACUGACUUUUAGUUCCAGGAGUAAAAAAGAAAAUGAUAGGCUUAUUUAUUAAAAAAGAUGUCAGCUGUCCCCUCAGUGUCCAAACUCAAAUCAGGAUGUUUUAAUGUUGACCCGAAACAACAAUAAGAUGAUCAGUUCGUCAAGGAAAGAGUUGAUGUCAGUGAAGUAAGCUUUCAUCUGCUCAGUUGUUUUUGUCAUAAGUUCUGUCAUUUACUUCCUGCUGGCUAUUUGAAAACACACAGGUACUUACACAAUGGUUUGACUUUCCAUACCGUGAGGACAAAUCCUCUUUUUUCAUUCAGUCUAUUGCUGAAUUUAUCAGUUAAAUACUCUAGGAUCUUGAAUAUAAAACAGCAGGUUUCAGAUUUUUAAGCACUAACAUCUAGCACAAAGUAAUCCCUGCUGAUCCUGCAGCUGUGUGAUGUUGGUGUCCCAGUGUGUGACUUCAGAUUGCAUCAUGGUGUUACAAAUUUCAAGAGGCCCAGCUUGUUAACACACAGAGGAAGCUUCACAUGCACACACACAGGCAUGGUGCUGUUCUGCCCUGCCACCACGCAAUCGCUACCGCAAUUCCUGCAUUGCACCUUUGUCACUGUCGGCAUCAGUAGAUCACAGUUGGAAUGAUCUCGGCUUACAAUUACGGUUUCAUUCAUCAUACACUGAAGAGUGUAAAAGUGUAACACAGAUGCAAAAAAAAAGUAUCCUAAAAAUGAAAAGAGUUUUAACAGGAAGAAAAUGCCACUUUAUUUGUCAGCUGUUGCAAAUGUAUUCAUCUGUUCUUCAUGCCUCCACAGUUUACUAGUACCUCACUUCUACUGUAGUUUUUUUUUUUUUUUUUUAAUGUUAUUUCAAGUUUGUUAUCCUAAAUCUGAGAAGUUGUUGGGCCUCAACAUGUGAAGCGUCAUACCAAUUAAAGUAAUUACAAUCGGGACAAAGUGAAUGUACAGAACCAUGCAAAUACUGUACGUCUUGUAAAGCUUUAACAUCAGGAAAAAAAAUACAGAGAUUCACAGGAUGUGCACGACUCAUCCUGGUGCGUCAUGAAGAGAGGGUGAUAGCAUCAGGAGCACCAGAACUCGACUAAUAGGAGUGGCCAAGAGCUGAGGGAGAUAAUGAAGCUGUAAUUACGAAUAAAAAAAAAGAGCUGGCAUGUGCCUGUAAUUAUACUCUACAGGGUUUAUAUGACGAUAGUGGUUGUUGUUUUUUUUUUUUUUUUCAAGAUAGGGGUUGUUAUACCUGCUACAUUUUACAUAUUUGUCCAAAAGUUACUGUUUGGUGAGAACAAGCUGACCGACAGUGUAAAUGCCAUAUGGGCUGAGUAGAAACAAAUAUUCAAGUGUGUUUGUGUUACAGAGUUGGACGAAUCAGCGCCACCAGUACCCACUGCCUGUGCCCUUCCGAGACUGCAAUGGGACCCACCUCAGGAGGUCCCCCUAUGGGACAUUACCAACUGCAUGCUGGAAGAUGGACAAAUCAUCAUUUCCCCAGAAGAAGAGGUAAAACCAGCACAAUGCCAUCAAUCAGCAACUGGUUUAGUUUGUGAAAAGUCCAAAACACCUGUAGAAACACCUGUAGUAUCAAACAUUUAAACAUUUAACGCACUUUCCAAAGUAAGAAAUAUUUUAAAGUGUAUCAAAAAUCAGUGCGUCUGUGUUUUCUUUCUCAGCCUACAUUCUGGACACGAAACCGAGUCAGCAGCUGCCUGUCUAACCUCAGCAUGCAGAACCUCGUAGAUAUCGACACAGGUUAAUACCACAAACACACACACACACACACACACACACACACACACACACACACACACACACACACACACACACACACACACACACACACACACACACGAAAACAUGUAAUGAAAAUGCAGCAAAAUAAUCAAAAGCAGCCAAAUUUUGACAACCAUUACAAGAGUAACAUAAAGUGAUAUCACUCAGUAUGACUCUGCAGAGCGUCACAGAGGAAAUGGCUGAAUGUUUAUGCGUGCGAGUGACUAUCAAAUUGCUUCCUCUACGUUCUUGGAGGAGAUAACAUCAAGCCUGGGUGCUCUAACUUCUGUAACAGGAGUGAGUAAGAGAGAGAGAGAGAGAGAGAGAGAGAGAGGAUAAAGUCAGCUUUUUCCUCCAUUCAACUCUGCUGUCAGACUCAGAAGAAGCUCAGAGGCUGCACCCUCAGGGUUUAGACUCUGACAGACUGGAUUUUCUUGGUGUAGUUGUCCAUGCAUGUUAAUGAGGAAAGAGGCUAAAUGAUGGGAUUUAGACGUUGGAUUGUUUGUGGCGGGGCUUUAGGUAAGCAAAAUUUAAGAAAAGCUAUUGUAAGCUCUCUGUUUCAAACUCUUACACCUUUAAAUCCUUACCUUGUGUCUGAAAUGGUCAAAACAGGUAACACUAUCAAGACAACAGAAUGAUUUGAUGUUUAGUGGGCUUGACAUAAUAAGAACGUUUGCUAGAGAAGUACACGUAUUGGUAAACUUUACGUAGACUGCUGCAGUUCCAGUGUAAAACCACAUCCUCUAUGUCCUAAUCUAGAUGUAUUUGCAGAUUUUACAGCGCUGACUGUUUUGCCACUGUAGUCUGACACUGUUUAGAAAUAAGUGGUGUUCAAACCAAAACGAUGACGCUGACUUUGGACUGUAAACUUUGAGAAAAGCAUUGAGUCAGGACAAAAAAAAUAUACAUUUAACCCUAAAUUUCCAAGUAAAGAGCUACCAAAUAUUCUCACAUGUAAGUUUGGGUACUGAAAACUAAACAAUGUUUUCGAUUUAUUUAAAAUUUCAUUGUGUGCACUUAUUCUUGCCAAUACAGAGUGUAGCCCUGACCAUGUAGGCCCUCGACCAAGGAGCCAGGACGGUGGUGUGAGGGUGAGUGUUGCAUGUAACUGAUAUCCAUCUCUCUGCUGCCCUUGCAUUUCCUGUUGACGGCAGACAUAUACACUAAGCUUCCCUUUUCGACCCACAGGCCCGGAUCAAGAAACAUCUGGAGAAUAGGGCCAAAAAGAACAACAGCACCCCGCUGAACCAAACAAACAAAGGGAGCAGGUAAAGUUUCCUGGGAUGUUGAAGUGAAAUGUAAAUGACACAUAAUGUUCAUUUUUGAGUCUUUUUUUUUUCUUUCUAAGGCACUAUGGCUCCAAGGAGUCAGUUUCGAUCCCCGUCAGUGCAGUCGGGAGUCUGGAUCUCAGUGCUGACACCAGCACCAUCAUUAGGCCGGUCCACAGCUCCAUCCUGGGGGAGAAGUACUGCUUUGAGGUGAACUUUGACUCUUGCAGUCUACACACACACAGCUGAAAGAAAAUCCUUCAUUGGUCCUUCCUGCACUGAAAAAAGUGACUUUUUGGUGUAGUAAACUCUAUUAGGGUAACUGGCAUAGUUUCUAUCUUGUUUUUUAAAGAUUCAGUAAGAACUAGAGUUUCUUAAGUGAAAUUAAACAUUUACAGACCAGAUUGGCGAUGUGAGGAGAGCUCCUAGUCAAACAGAAAACCAAGAUACUUGUAACUUGUGACCAGCUUUGUUUACCUUGGGCGUUGUUAUAGUCUUGACAGGCUCUGUUAUUUCAUGAUUCUAUGAAAAUAACAUGAUUUUAGUUUUCUCUGCAUUUAAAACCAAUUUCAGAGAUUGUCAGAGAACCUAAGUUGUAUUAAAAGCUGUCUGUAAAAAUUCUAAAGCCUGGGAAAGUGAGAUAAUCAGAAAUAAACGACUAAAAAUGACACAAGGCAUUUGAUAGAUCAUCACACAAGAAAGAAAUUUUUUCUUAAAGCCUGGAACAAAGGUCUAUCCCCAAGUUUUAAAGCCUGGCUUACAGAGUUCUUAAAUACCUUAUUCAUGGAAAAAAAAUUGAUUUGAGUCAUCGGGGUCAUCAGACAGAUUUCAUUAGAUAUUGCAACCAUGUCUUAAUCAUAUCACACAGCAGGGAGGACAUGACACCUCUAUGUCCUGAUUAUGUUUUAAUAUCUAUUUGUUUGUAAUUUUUUCAAAUAUAAUUUUAUUACAGUCACAGAUUAUUUUGUUAAAGCUCCUUAUUGUCCCAUCUUCAUCAUGGAAAGAAGAGUAAUCAACAUAUAUUUAUAAUUAUAAUUACGCAGUGUUGUUUUUACAGUUUACCAAAGAAAAUGUUUUAAUCGUAGCUACAAAUAUGGUAAACAGCCUGUUGCAAUUCAGCUCAAAUAGCCUGCCUCUGACAUAGAAAAAUAGCCAAUCAUACUUGCCCUAUAUUGUUUCCUGUAAGACACUUCUUGCCCUAGUUUGGCAAACUCAUACUCUAUGGUUUCAACCUAAAGGUGAUAAACUCUGAGAACACCCACUGCUUUGGAUGCACGUCUGCUGCUGAGCGAGACCGUUGGAUUGAAGAUCUGAGGAGAGCUGCUCAGCCCAAUAAGGUCAGACAUUAACCAUCUCCUCUCAAAGAACAAGUCAUCCAAAAAUAAAAAGUAAAACUGUAAAAAAGCUGAAUGCUUCACUGUGUUUAGGAUAACAUCGAGCGCACAGAGAACUCCAUCAGUCUGUGGGUGAAUGAAGCAAAAGAUCUGACCCCCAAACGACGAUAUUACUGUGAGGUACACCUGGAUGGGACCCUGUUUGCCCGAACCAGCAGCAGAGCUGUGGGUAAGCCCUCUAACCGGACCAGCCUUGGAGGAGAAAGCUCUACCAGCUCUUUAGGAGCCCUCGGGUCCAGCGGAGGUGUGGCUGGAGGGUGUCAGUUAUUCUGGGGUGAGGUCUUUGAGCUCGACAACCUGCCCUGCGUCUCUCAAAUCACAUUGCAUCUCUUUCGUGAGGAGGACCCUAAGAAAAAGCGUCAUUCCCGAGAUGAGUCCUGCCUUCAUCCUCUGGGCAGCGUGGCCAUUCCUCUGGCUGAGAUCCGGGGGAGGACCUACCAAGAAAAAUGGUAUCCCAUCACACCGUACAAGGCCUCUGGAACAGCAGGAGGCAAAGAACUACUGGGCCCACAAGCUUCACUGCGCAUCAAGGCCCGUUUCCAGAAUUUGCAGGUGCUGCCAAUGGAGAAAUACAAAGAGUUCGCUGAGUAUGUGACAGUGGAUUAUGUGGAAAUGUGCAGAAGCUUGGAGCCACUUCUAAAUGUGAAGGAGAAAGAGGAGCUGGCAGGAGCUCUGGUCCAUGUGCUGCAGAGUAUUGGCAAGGCAAAGGUAGGAUACUCUGCCAGAAAGAUCAUACAAAAUUCACCUUUUAAACAAAUCAUUAGAAGAUACAAGAACAAACGUUUUUUUAUUUAUUGCAUCUUGUGUUUCAGGAGUUCCUCAUUGAUCUGGGAGGUGAGGAGGUGAAGCGUCUUGGAGAGAAGGAGGCCCUGAUCUUCAGAGAGAACACACUUGCUACUAAAGCCAUUGAUGAUUAUAUGAAGCUGGUCGGUCAGAAGUACCUCAUCGACACACUAGGUAGACCAGUUUAGAUAUCAGAGUGGUUUUAUUUUAUUAGCACCAGCUUGUGGUUUAAUCUCUUUAUCCUUUUUCUUUUCAAUGCAGGGGACUUCAUCAACUGUCUCUACGCCUCAGGGGAGAACUGUGAAGUAGACCCUCGUAAAUGUCCAGCGUCUGAGCUGGCAAACAACCAGAAGCACUUGAUGGAUACCUGUCAGGAGGUGGUACAGAAGAUUAUAGGCAUCCAUGGGUGGGUGAAUAGACAACAUGUUAAUAAAAGAGUGAAGUUAGCUUAGCGGAUGCUUGACAUUUUUCUUCUCUUUUUGGUGUCAGACCUUUUCCUGAGGAGCUACACAAGAUCUUCUCCAGCUGGGUGGAGCUGUGUGAAGACCAGGGACGACCAGAGAUUGGUCAGCGUCUCAUCUCUGCUUCCCUCUUCCUUCGUUUCUUGUGCUCAGCGAUCUUGAGUCCAUCUCUUUUUGGGCUGACACAGCCUUAUCCAGAGCCAAACACUCUUCGGACUCUCACCCUGACAGCCAAAGUCAUCCAGAAUCUGGCCAACUUUACCCUGUGAGUAGCAUGUGAAAGACAAAACUGCCCGAAAACAAAAAAUUUACUUCAACGGCUUGGGUGAAUAAAUGUAUUUUGGUCUGAUUUAGGUUUGGAGAGAAGGAGGAGUACAUGCUCUUUAUGAAUGAAUUCCUGCAGCAGCACUGGGAUGGAAUGAGAGGUUUCUUGCAAACAGUUUCCAGCUUGGACCCUGACAUCCUCAUGUCUUCCUUUGAUGGUUAUGUGGACCUACCCCUGCGCUUGGCUGUGCUGCACGGCCUGCUGGUGGACAUCAUCUACCAGAAAGACCAGGUAGGAUGGAAAAACCUUUGAGUCCAGUUUAAUAAAAGCUCUUUUAUCAUUUGUGAAAAACAAAAAGUAAAACUUCAGCCAGUAUAUCUGUCUAAUUCUGAUGAAAUGUUUUAUUAGACUAAAAAAAAGCCAUACUCAGCUGACAAACACAGACAAACACCUUAAUUCAAGGUGGUAAAAACCAAAAGUAAGACCUCAAAAGUUUCUUAAAUGAAAAUGAAUUCAUCUUUUGAGAAAUUGAACCAUUGUUUUGAGGAACUCAGCAGAUACAUUUUUCUCUUCCUAUUGGCACAUUUCAUCUGACUCACUGAAAGAGACUACAGCCUUUUUUUGCCUUGUAAUUUUUAGAAAUAAGAUUUAAAUCUGGAAUUUUCAUCCGACAAACCUUUAUUGCAGGGUCAAUGACUCACAAGCCUUCAAAUUAUUGCAAGUGGAUAAAAUCUGGGAAAGUCCUAAACUGGUUACAUGGUGCAAAAAAAUGGACAACGAGGACAUUGUAAUUGACCUAACAUGCAUUUUAUAUCUACUGUAGGACACAAUCGACAAGCUGCACCCUCUGCCUUCAAUUCUGAACCAGAUAUCAGAGUCACUUGGCCCUGAAGCCCCUCGAAUCAUGGUUAACAGGUUUGUUUGAGGAAUUUUAUCUGACUCGUCAAACAUAUCAGAGACUUUGAACUUGGGAAUAUUGGUGUUGCUUGUUAUUCAUGGAGAAAUUUCCAUGCAGUAAGCCGGAGUAUGUUCCUCCCAAAUACUUGGACAAGUACAGCCCCCACAAGUCGUCAUUCCAGCAGCUCCCUGCAGACUCCAAAGGCCAAGAAAGGUAUGACAUGUUUGAUCUAUCCCUGGAUUGAAACUGUGGAAACCCUGGGGCUGACACUUUAAGAUUUUAGUUUUCGUCCCAGAUGGUGCAUGAAGUCAUAAACACAUUUAGACUAUUUUGCUUCAUGUCCAAAGAAUUUAUUCAGGGAUAGCCCCUCAAAAUACAGAAUCUUGUUUUCAAGUCCUCUAUAUCUGUAAUGAGCCUGAGGUCAGGCUCAUUACAGAAAAAUGUGUGUGGCAUACAACCCCCCCCCCAAAAAUUGGGACACUAUGUCAUAUGUCAACAGAUUUUGAUGGACUUUAAAGACUAUAUUUAAUUGAAUAUUGCAAAACUAACAUAGUAAAUGUUGGAAUGGUGUAAUUGCACUGCAUACAAUCUUAAGAAAUUUGGGGAUGUCAUUGUUAAAGGUAAUUAAUGUCAAUAAUGAUUUAGAUAAUGCCAAAACUGGAUGGUCAUGAUCCUUGAUCCUCAUCAAGGAAAUCUCUGCAUGGGCUUCAAAUCACUUCCAAAAACCAUUGUGUGUAAACUGUUCAUCCCUGCCUGCAACUACAAAUGCAGGUUAAAACUGUGCCAUCUUAUGAGAAAACUAUAUACAAACAUGAUCAAAUGCUGGCAACUUUAAAUGGACUUUGACAUUAAUUUUAGAAACUAUGGAGGCUGCUUCCUCCAUGAAACUCACAUGCAGUCUGCGAGCCAACAUCUGUGAUCGUACAAGGAUGCAUAGAUGCCCAUAGCAAGCGAAUACAUGUGGGGAGGCUCUGUUAAUGCUGAAAAAUGUACACAUUUAAGGGAAAUAUAUAUAUUAUAAAAAUACAUCCUGCACAUACAAUAACAGCACGGCUCUGUAGUAGGAAAGUCUAAGAUUGAUGGUCAGCGAUUGGCAAGUAUAUAUAAUUAAGUUCAGGAUAUAUUCAUUCACAUUCCCUCAUGAUCAGUAUUGUAUAAACUGCUGAUAAUGAUAAUUGUAUAAUGAUACAUGUUAGCUACAUUGUGAAUACAUUUCUUUGUUUAUUUAUUCAGCAGGGAGAUCAGAAAGAGUAUGCGAGGGGGAAAGCCAGUAAAAAGAACUUGCAGUGCUCCACACAGACCUCCUGCUUACAUGAAACAUGCUCUGAAGAGGCAGACAAGCUCUGAAAAUCUGCCAACAGCAGACCAUAAAGAAGAGGCAGAGACCAACCAGCCAUGUAUCACAUCACCAAAUACUGUAAGUGAGAAUGGGGAAGUGCCUGUUUUUAGUCGUCUGUUUAGGUCUAAAUAAUCAUGCUGCAGUCACUGCUUCACUUUUCUUAGUGGCAUUCCUCGAAGUGUUGCAUGUCUUCAUCAAAAACUCCUAAUUUUGUAUGUCAGAGAGGAUGAUGCUGAAAAUACUUAAUGCUGUUGCAGAGUGCAAGUAUCAAACGCCAACCUGAACCAGUUCCCUGGAUCAAAGACAACAACAGGGAGCCCAGAGAGAUGAAGACUGAGAGUGAGCAUUUCAGCUUACUGGACAGGGUAUGUCUGACAUCCUCACACCCUGAAAUGAUAGAACCAAAGCUCAGCUGUGUGAUUUCAUGAUUACAUUUACUAACAAGCUCAUUUGCACUCCAAAUACCAGCAUGCACAAGAGCUGUCAGAGUUGCGACUGGGGAUCGAGCAGGUCACGGAGCGGGAGCUGGACAUGGCGAAGCGCUUGGAGGACUUCAUAAUCCAAAGCCAGGACCAGAAUGCAAUGCUGCAGGCUGAGGUGAAUGAGCUCCGUAACCUGCUGGCAGUGCGAGAUGAGCAGCUUGCUAGUGCCACCUUCAGGUAAGAUAUGAUAUAAAACAGCACUGUGCUCCAGCUGAGAGCAGGUACAGGUUUACUUAGUUCACACUAAGAAGAAAGUUUACUAUGAGAAUCUCUUUUCUUUGUGUGUCCCAGGCUGGGUGUGAUUGAGGAGGAGAGGGAGGAAGAUGAGAGGAAACUGGGGGUUGCCACUGCAGCUGCUGACCGAAUGAACAUACUGGUAAGAAACAUACAAACGCUCUGUACCCUGAUGCUAAUAUUUCACAGCUUUUUAAAAUCAUUACUACUCUUUUUCAGUGUACGUGAUGAAAAUGAAUAUGUCAUAUUAAAACAAGGAGCCCCCAGCCAUCAGUCCAAACAUGAACAUAUCAACAUGCCCACCCACUUAAACACAUUCACAGAAACUUCCCUAACUAAGACAUUCAUAAAUCUUGAGACCUUUUUGGUUCUUUUUAUGAAAAUAAUCCAAAUUUGCAACUUUAUCAAACUGAAAAAUCAUCAUGCAGCUUUUACAAUGCUAGCAAACUGAUGCUACAGCGUUUUUUGUGUGGGUGGCCCGCCGCUGAGGGCAGGGUGUGACCCAUCAUAGAUAAACCACCUUUUUUUUAAAGACAAACAAGCACAGAGUGAGACCUGAAUUUCUUGUAAUGACUAAAAUAUCUGCCAAUGAGAUACACCAAACGUGCUUGUCAAUUUUCUUAAAAUAAGAUGAUAUUCAAAUUCAAGAAACUACAUGAGUGAAGUUUAGUUACCCUUGUGGUAAAGUAAAUGACUUCAGACUGUUUAAAACAUGGAUGUAGUCAUUGUGACAGACAUUCAGACUUCUUAUAAUGACAGCUAAAGAAACCAACAAAAAGGUUGUAGUUUUGUGCCUAUCAAAUCUGCUGCGCCCCUUAACUAUCUUCUAUCAUACUAACUAUCAUACUCCAGUAGAAAGCCCAACCCUUUUGUUUUGAACCAGUAUGUUAAAUCCUGCUGUGAAAUAUGGCUGUUAAAAUGGUCUAUUGCUUUGAAGUCAGAGGCAGUUUUUGUUUCAUUUCUGCACGUUUCACUGUUACAGCAAAAAAAGACAUAAUAAUGUUUGUUUUCUGUGCACAAACAGGAAGAGCAGUUUGCAGGCCUGCUAAAGGACCUCCACCAGCUAAGUGAGGCCUACAACAGUGACCAAAAGAACACACAGCAUCCUGAAAUCCCACAAAUCUACAGCAACUGACCCCUAAAUGUGAGAAAGUUCAGGGCAUAGAGUGUUGUACAUACAUAGCCUGUCGAGUUCAACCAUCUAACAACCAGCUUAAGUCCCUAUUAUAAAUUUUUCUGGUCAGGAAUGGAUCUGUUUUGUGAACAUAGUCGAACUCCCACUCAGAUGAACAUGAAAUGUAAAAAAAGUGUCUUCUUAGCUUUUACUUAAUCACAUCUUUUAUGGAUCUUUAAUACUUGUGAACCUCUUUUUAACAAUAAAACAUAACCAUAAUGUGCACAACUCACUGUUGCUGAUUGUAAUGUGGGACCAUUACUAAUAUACUCUUAAAAACAGUUUCUCAGUCUCUGUGCCACGCCUUAACCAAAUAAUGUGCCCAUGAAAUACUUUGUGAUCACAGUGACAGCCUUGGAGAUAGAGCCAGGAGUAUCUGAAGAGAGCUUAAGGCAGAACUGUUCCUCUUUGUGAUGAUUAGUGAUUAGUUUCUGAGUAUGUGCAACUAGGUAAGACCCAGAGCAUAUGAGGGAUUUUAUCUGGCCCCAAAUUUACCCUGGAAGUGGUGGAAAGUGUUGUGGUUGGGAGGGGGUCAGGGCCAGCUUGCUAACCCAUUACCACUGUGGCCUGACACAGGGUAAGCAGGAGAAAAUAAUUGAAUAAAUGGAUGCAUGGAAGUUGUCAACAUAUUUCUACUCCUCAAAUUUGGAGAGGGAUGUGUUGCACUUUUUGUUCCUGAAUUAGUUUGGAGGUUCAGUGAGACCACUUAACAAGGUAGGAUUUCACAUUGACACAAGUCUAUAAAAUCUGACAGCCAACUUUUUACCAUCAAAUAUAUCUGUCAAUGGGGCUCUGCUGGCCUUGUGUCCAUAUAGAGGUUAUGACCCUGGUUUACUUUCUGGCCUGUGGCUCCUCUCUGAUACAACACUCCCCUUUCUAUUCAUGUGUCCUACUCUGUCCACUGUCCUGUCGUUAAAAUGAGAUAUAUACAUGGUUUUAUUAAUCAGAUAACAUCAAGCAAGAACCUUAUAAUCCAGAACCUCUCUUCCCUCUUCUGUCUGUGCACAUGUUACCUGUAUUUUGUAUAUAAAUUUAACAACCAAUGAGCUUUUUUUUAGCAUCAGUAUGUUGUAUUUGCACUACUUGUGUCCAAAUUAAAGCUUUUAAUUGUUGAGUAUUCAUCUAAUUCUGUUUUUAAACAA